CUUUCUUUUCCCCUUAUGUCCGUCCUUGGCCAUGACGAAAGACCCUUAUAACAGAAACAACUUCAGAACCGAAAUGAAAAUGAUGAUAUGAAUCAAACCGUAGUAGGAAAUGGCUCAAACAAUAUUCCACUUCAUUGGAACACCUCCUCCUCUUCUCCCACCUUCAAAUUCCAAGUUGCAGUUGAGAAGGAAUCACGUGUUCCAAUGCCAGUGUUUCUCAAAUACAAGCAGUAAUAGUAACAGUAACGGUAGCGCACCGAAUAGUAGAAGAAAGAGUUCUAACUCAGAAACCGAAACACCUCCGAUACUCAAAGCUGCAGUGAGUGCAGUGACGGAGCUCUUGAGGCUCUUCUCCCCUUCAAAUCAAGCAAGCUCUUUGAGCCAAGAUACCGAGGAAUUCCGAGAUGAAUUCCCUCUUUCUAGCGUUGAUGAUGUCCUAAACAUCAUCCAGUCUGAUUAUGACAAAGCUUAUUUUGUUACAGGAAACUUCACCAAUUCAAUUUAUGCCGAAAACUGUAUCUUUGAAGAUCCAACUAUUAAAUUUCGUGGUAGGGAGCUAUAUGCACGCAACCUGAAAUUGCUCGUUCCCUUCUUUGACUGUGCAUCAAUUAGACUGCAAAAGAUUGAGAAGGAUGUCGAUUCUGAAACAAACUUUGUGCUAGCAACUUGGAAACUAAGGACCAACUUGAACCUUCCUUGGAGACCUCUGAUUUCAAUUGAUGGAAGCACAUAUUAUGAAUUAGAUAAAGAUUUCAAAAUUGUUAGACAUGUUGAGAGUUGGAAUGUUUCUGCACUUGAAGCAAUAUUGCAGAUUUUCACCUUUACCUCUGAAAUCACCGGUGUUUGAAUGCCAUAAAGUUGUGCAUUCACGUAUCUUUUUUAUUUGCAGCUGCUGACAGUCUACACGCAUCUCUUGUUUCUAUUAUUAAAGGAUAUAGGUGAAAUCAUAUCUAGGAUUAAUUGCAGCGUAUUUAAGAAAGGGAACCCCAUACAUCUCGACAAGUUCGUGCCUCUUUAGGAUUUUAAGUGCUAGAAGGAUUGCUUGAUCCUGCUGCUCUCAUUCUAACUUGGAAGAAACUGCAUGAAGAUCAACACAAAAUAGCUUUUGCUAUAAAGUCAGAAUAAUAGGGUUCUAAAUACUACAUUUUUUGGGUUGGUUGUGGGUGUGUUACGUGUACGUGAUGUUAUUAAAUAGAGGAAUGUUGUUUAGUUAUAGAAUAUUGACAUAUUGAUUGUUACUUGUGGAUUGUUGUUCAUAUAGGUACAGAUGUCAGUCAUCU